AUGAUUCUUCAAACAUAAAAGUAUGAUCCUAGCAAAAAGAGUUUUGAAAUAAAUAAAAAGAGCGAAAUAUUUGGGUUUUCAGAAGGAACUACUAUUUUUACUCAAGUAAAAUUGUAAAAAAGUUCCACGACUAUUACCCAAGGUUUUGUAUUAUAAAAUGAAAAUAAAAGUGAGUAUUUAUCAGACUAUUCUAUAUUCCUUUUGUAUAUGCCUUAUGCCUUUGUCUAACAAGAAUUAAACCUAGAUUUGAUUGGAUCUGUAUAGAUAUUUUUAAGUGAUGUUGGAAUGAGUUAAUAAGUUUAAUUCCCUCCAUUUACAUCUCUGCUUGCUCAAUUCUCUAGUGUCUUUAAUGUUUUAGUUAUAAUAGGAAUUAUUUGCUAAUUUUGGGCUUAAAAUGAGCUAGUACAAGAUUUUGUUGAGGUCUAGCUUAAAUCUUACUUCAAACAUACAGCUUUUCAUUUCCUUUAAAAGUAAAACGCUUAAAAGGCUAGUAUAAAAGAUUCAUCUUUUGUGAAGCAUCUAGUAUAACUCUACAAUUAGAUAUAGGGUAUACAAUACCAACAAUAUGUUGAAAAAUAUUCCAAGUUAGGCUUUUUAAAUAGAUAAAGAAGAAAUGAAAAUAUUCAAGUGUUUAUUCUCAGAAACAUAAAAAUAGAUGAGUAUAUUAGAGAUACAGAAAGAGCUAAUGUAAAUUAAAAUUAUUUUAAGACUACUAAUUUCUGCAGAAUAAUAUGCAGCGAUUAAACUAUGUGGUUAUUCUGUCAUUAUAGAAAAAAAUAAUGGUGA